CAGUUGAGACAAAAUUUCACCGACAAAAAAAUGUCGUCUCAUGCUCAGAAUCCAAACGAAAGACGUGAAAACAAUAAUGUUUUCGUUCCACCUGAACUAAGUAUCAACCUUCCAAAGCAGAAAGACAUCGGGAAAAUGCGCAGAGAUUGGGCAAGUAUCGAACCAGAGCUACCAAUCGAUAUUCUCCUAGUCACAGUCAAGGAUCAUGAAUUUGUUAACUGUUAUUAUUAUCUUGAAAAUAAGAAGCGAAGCUGGUGUCAUGGUUUAGGUAUGGUUGAUCUAGGGACGUUUGGUGAUGGAGCGGUUAAAGUUGCUUUAGUAAGAUGUGAGAAGGGUUCAAUUGAGCCAAACGCUUCUCUAAUCGUUGUGAAAAAUGCGGUCGAAAUCUUGCAACCCAAAGCAGUGAUUUGUGUUGGUUAUUGUGCCUCGAUUAACCCCGAAAAAGUUAAACUAGGAGAUGUGGUUAUAUCUGCAAAAUUAGCGAGUCUUUCCCCGAAGAGAAUCGUAGCGGAUGGAACACAGCAGAUGCGUGGAUUUAAAACGCAUGUGAGCAAAAAUAUGGGUCAUCUCAUUCCAUUCGCAGCAGAUGGUUGGGAACCACCGUUAAAUAACCCGGACAGUUUUGAUGUCAAGGUUCAUCGCCAAGCUGUGAUGCUGAGUGGCUCGGAGGUGGUGAAUAAUUUUGAAAAGCGACAAGAGUUACUGAGACAUUUCCCUGAUGCACUCGCUGUUGAGAUGGAAGGUGAAGGACUCUAUGCGGCUGCCUGUGAUCUUGGUAUUGAAUGGGUGGUUGUAAAGGGAGCAUCAGAUUUUGCCGAUGGGAGUAUGACAGAUACACAAAAUUGGCAGCCAUUUGCCAGUGCAAUGGCCGCUUCUGUUGUUCAUAACAUGUUCCGCUAUUAUGAUGUUAUACAAAACUGGGCUAACUAUCAAAAACCAGUUCAAAGGCCAAUGAGUACAGAAGUCACGGCUGCGGCAAGCCACUCAACAGGUCCUCCUAUUAAUCCUAUUGCAUAUUUGCUUCGAAGAAUUGCUGGUACAAAAGAAGGCAGAAAAAUGUAUAAUGGUCGCACAAUCGAGUACUCGGUUUCAGAAAGAUUCCACUCCUUGGAAGAACCUUCGGUUUUCGAUGCGACAGCCAGAGACGUUGCAAGUGGAACGAAAGUGGAAGAAAUUCACGCCGAUACUGCUGAGUUAGCAAUUAAUGGCGCAGUAGAAAAGUUGGUCAAAAAACUCAAGGAACAAAAAGUGAUGCCAGAUUAAUCAAAAACAAAAAGUAGAUUACCUACCCAACAUGCACUGAGCAAUUUUACGAUUUGGCUAUACCAGAAUUUUAACAAUUGAAGUUUUAAAAUCUUCAUUAGUUCCGAAAUCUCUCAUCUAAUCGGAUUAUCUUUAAUAGCGUGUUAUAAACAUUAGAAUUCGUAUGAAAGAUGACUGUUUGUACAUUUACUUUAUAAGUUGUAUUUAAUAACCAAUAAAGACUGUUGUUUAUUUCUUAGUAAUUAUGUAUCAAUAAAAGUCCUUGAGAACUGAGAAGACAUGGGCCCAGUUGCACGGAGGCUGCAUGGAUAGCGCUGUCCACCGGAUGAUAUCCGAGUGAUAUUACAGUACUGAUGCAUAUAUGAUAUCAUUAAUGAAUUAGCUAGAAUGAAUUAGAAUAAAAGAUUUCU